AUGGCAGACUCUAAUAAGAAGAAUACAGAAGGAGGAGAAAAAGGAAAGAGAGCGAAUGAAGCAAUGAAGAAGACUUCUCAAGGAGAAGAUCUUGAAAUGGAUUCGUUGGAAGCUGGAAGUGCUGGAACCUCUUCAAAUGAGCAGUCUACCAGAACAGUGCCAAUAGAUACACCAAGACCAGAAAGCACAUCAGAUCAACCUCACGAAUAUGAGGCGUCGGAUACAGCUUCUUCAUCGAGCCACAUUCAACGAACUUCCACAAGAAAAUCAAGUGAUCGGAGAGGAGAACGCGCAAGGACUAAAUCGGUUCCAUCGAUGAUGUAUCCCUCGUCAUCAUCAUCAAGUUCAGAACCGUCAACGCCGCAGACGGUUCGAGAACGACCAUCAUCAGAGAGCUUGCCGAUGCAAUCAAACUUGAGUCGUAGUCAACCAAUCAAUCCAAAAGGAUCAUCAGAACAAACGAAGGCAUCUUCAUCUGGAUCAUUCAAAAACCUUAUCAUGGUUAAGCCAAAAGCUGAAAAAGGACAAACUGGAACCGAUGAAGGGGAAUCAGGUCUCGUAGAAGAUGGAGCAGAGUCUUCUGCACCAGCCACUGAUCCUGCACCAGUCGUGGAACCUGAACUAGUCGCUGAUCCUGCACCAGUCACUGAUCCUGCACCAGUCGUGGAACCUGCACCAGUCACUGAUCAUGAACCAGUCGCUGAUCCUGCACAAGUCGCUCCCCCAGCCGAAAUGAUUCUCGCUCCUGACCCAAUCGAUGUUCCCGCUCCAGAUCCAGCUGUUGCUUUGCCUCCUGUUCAAAACGAUGUUCCGGAUAACGCUCAAAACGAUCAAAAUCAUGUUGUAGACGGACAAGAACUAUUGGAUGGCAUUGUUUUAAGAUUUCCUGAUCCGGACCCGGAAGUUCAGGUCGCUCAACAAAACAACGCCUUUUCCAUACUAGGUUGCAUUCGAGACGCAUUCAGCAAAUUAAGUAAAAUUUGUAACUGA